AUGUGUGGGGACAAAAGGGGGCGCCCGGGGUGCGAGGCGCCCCCUUCUUGCGCUGGUUGUGGAUCGGGAAUCUCAGACAGAUACUACCUGUUGGCUGUGGACCGGCAGUGGCACGCCCGCUGUCUCACCUGUUGCCAGUGCAAAGUGCCACUCGACUCGGAACUCACUUGCUUCGCCAGAGAGGGACACAUUUACUGCAAGGAGGAUUACUACAGGCUCUUUUCGGUGAAGCAAUGCACGCGCUGCCACCUGAGCAUCAGUCCGAGCGAGCUGGUGAUGCGGGCGCGCGAACACGUCUACCACCUGCACUGCUUCACGUGCGCCGCCUGCAACAAGCCCCUGACCAAGGGCGAGUACUUUGGACUGCGAGAGGACGUCACCUACUGCAGGGUGCACUACGAAAUGCUGCAGCAAUACGAGCGACCCUACCUCAAAGAGGAGGAAGAGGACCUCGACGAAGACAAGGACGACCAGGACGUCAGUGGGACGUCCGUGGGCAGCCAGUCGACUCUGCAUCUUCCAGAUAUUCCGGCGUUCCCUCAGCAAAGGCCUGGUAGCAGUGGACCCGUCAUGCCGAAGACCCCCGGACAGAAGGGACGACCCAGGAAACAGAAGAGUUUCUUGUCGGCCUCACUUUUGCUGCCGCAUAGGGGUCUUCCAAGCGACGACCACUGUUCGCUGUCGGGCGACCCCCGGAACAGCCCUUUGCAGCAGCACGGUUCGAACAACAGCCUGGGCGGUGUGUGCAGCGACAGCAGCACCUCGAGUGAGCACCAUCUGACGCGGCCGAAGCGCAUGCGCACCUCCUUCAAGCACCACCAGCUGAGAGCCAUGAAGUCCUACUUCGCCAUCAACCACAAUCCAGAUGCCAAAGACCUCAAGCAGCUCUCGCAGAAGACCGGACUCUCCAAAAGGGUGCUCCAGGUAUGGUUUCAAAACGCCCGCGCUAAGUGGCGCCGCAAUCUCCUCCGGCAGCAGAGUCAAGGCCCCGAAAUUGCGCAAGACUGCAAACCACUCUCUGAGCUAGCGUCCCAGCCUCAGUUCUGUGAUCCUUUCCGUCUGGGCUCCUCCGCCCUGCUGGACGUACAGCCCACACCCAUCACCCAAGAAGAACAGAAUAUUCAGACUUUCACCAACCUUCUCUAA